AUGCGGCGCGUGCAGCUACAACCUCCGCCGCCGCGAUAUAAGCACCAGCAGCAGGCGUGUGCUGCUUGCUCUCUGUUUCUCUCAGCCAGUCAGCCACUGCCACCAACUGCCUCUACCGACACACAGCGGCCAUCUGUACUCGGCGACACACGAUCAGACAGACCCACCACACAGCCUCCACUCUAUCGAGUUGCUAACGAUACUCAUUCCUGCUGCUCUAUCCUGCCGUUGGUCGCCGCCCACGCGAGUGAGAUUCUUGAAGAUCCGUACGCGGUCGUGGUCGGUAAAGCUUCAAGGGUUAUACAGGUACCAGAACAUCGUUCAAGGUCAUAAGCAUAACCCCUUAUUUUCAAGA